AUGGAGAUGGAAGAGGCAGAAGGGUCGUUCCCCUUCCCAACGUACGAGUGCGGAUUCUACGUGCAAAGUCCUUCCACAGUCUCUCAUGCCUACUACAGCAACCACGAGCGACUCUCCACAUCCUUCCCCGGCCAUCCCAAUCCCACCCAACAAGCCAUCUCCUCCUCCGCAUACACCCUCUCCCGCCACUCCUCCCGCGCGUCCAACUACUCCUCGGCCAUAUUGCCCCAACACCGGGAUGAUCCCGUGGUCUCCGAUAAUGCCGAGAAGCGCCUCAUUGCUUUCAAUGGGGACAUGGGCGGUGGCGAUGAUAAGGAGGAUGACGAUGAGCAAGUGUCUUUCCAAGAGAAAGUGAAGUGGUGGAGGUACUUGUCCUUCGGUUAUAAUCCCUCGUCCAAUGGUUGGAUUUUGUUGCAGAUAAGUUGGAGGAUGAUGGUGAGCUUGGGAGUAGCAUUGCUCGUUUUCUUUUUAGCCACCAAACCCCCCAAACCUGACGUUUCCGUUAAGGUGGACGGGAUCCCAAAUUUCGUAUUGGGAGAGGGAGUGGACGACACGGGAGUAUCCACAAAGAUUUUGAGCUGCAACAUAUCGAUGCGACUUUGGGUGGACAACAAGUCAAAGCUCUUCGGCCUUCACAUUCAACCCCCGAUCAUUCACCUCUACUUCGGUCGCCUACCUCUCGCCAUUGCACGUCAUGGUGGGGAGUUAUACGCCGGGAGUGGAGGGACGACGUCGUUCGGGAUGUAUGUGGGGACGAGGAACAAGGCGAUGUACGGGGCGGGGAGGAGCAUGCAAGACAUGCUGGAGGGAAGCAAGGGAGGCCUGGCUCUGAGGGUUGGGGUGAGAUUGAGGUCGACCAUUCGCGUGGUGGAGGGACUGGUGCACGUCCGGUUCCACCACCAAGCCCACUGCUCGGUGUUGCUGUCCAAAGCCGACGACGCCCAGACAUUCCACAGCACCUGCAUGCUCGUACCUACAGUUUCUUGAUCCAUUGAUGCAUGCUCUAGUAUCAUCUGCAAUGGAGGUGCAAAAUCUUAAAUUCUGAAACUUUCUGAUGAAGUUCCUUCCAUUUAUUAUCAUCGUGUACAUGUGAAAGAGCAAAAUUUUGCAAGUACGUAAUGUAUCCUAUAGCUUGAGCCUAUUUCAAGGUAAUAUACACAUCGAAAAUCUCAUAUUUUUCUG